AUGUCCGACGAGAAUGUCAGCGACAAGAAUGAUAUCUCCACGGUGGAGAUGCUGCGUCGUUAUCAGACCGCGGAUAGUGUUUUGCUUCCUAUUCCGCGCGACGCCUUUGAGAAAUUGUAUCUCAGUCCAAAGUUGCCUGCCGCAGGAAACUUGCGUCGGACAUUUGGUAACCCGACGCCAAUCUCUUUGAUGGGAUUCUUGCUCGCUGCGACUCCAGCUGCGAUGGAGACAAUGGGCUGGCGAGGCUCUGGUGGCUCCGGUGGUGCUAUAUUGCCCGUUUUUAUUUUCUUUGGUGGAAUGGUCCAGAUUUUCGGUGGAAUUGGAGAGUGGAUUAUUGGAAACACGUUCUCUUGCGCUCUCUUCUUCACAUACGGUACCUUCUGGAUUGUCCAAGGCACAACUCUGAUGCCCUUCUUCGGGGUAGGCACCAACUACUCGACUACCGGUAACACACUUGAGGGUUCUAAAACGCCGGAGUUUGUAGCUACUGUCGGUCUAUACUAUGUCAUUCUGAGCCUCCUCACAUUCGUUUACUUGAUCUGUUCGAUUCGCACAAAUGUGUGCCUCUUUCUCGCCUUGUUCCUUCUCGUCAUCACGUUUUCCUUGACCGCAGCCACAUACUUCCAAAUGGCCUUGGGAAAUGCGGCUGCUGCGGCAAAGUUACAAAUGACUGCGGGUGCCUUCAAUUUUGCGCUUUGUAUCCCUAUCUGGCAUAUCUUCAUUGCACAGAUCCUGGAGGCCGUUGAUUUCCCCUUUGCACUCCCAGUGGGUGAUUUGAGCACCGUAAUCCUGGGGAGGAGCCAGCGAGCUCGGCAACGGGAAACGCAGACUUAA